GAUGUCACCACCGCCGCCUGCUUCCUCCAACGGAGGAGAGUAGCAGUGCACUGACGUCAUAUCAGUCCGUGUGUGCUUGAGGGACGACGAUGACCUGACCGUGUGAAAGGGAUCUUGGUUAGGAUAUGGUGGCGCUGCAGUUCUCUUCCUCCGCCGUUGUUCUGAGAGGAGUGAGGUGUGAGGAUUGCGAUCUGAGGAGAGGCGGAGGGGGGGGGGCACUAGCACUACCGUAGGCAUGCUGUUUUGUUGUUGACGGACGGUCUUUUGGAUACGUCUAUGGUGGGUAAAUGUUAGGUUGUAUUGUAAUACUCGUCAGUGUCUUCGCGGCUGAUAGAAAUGCGGCGGCGAAGAAGAGAGAAACACCACCAUCAUCAUCAUCAUCAUCAUCUUUGGUACGCAGACGUGGUUAUGACCGACUGAAACCCGGAGAUUGUUGCGAUUGAGGGCAUCAUAAUGUGCUGAGUGGAAUGCGAGGUGGACAUACCAGAACCCGCCGCCGUUAUUGUGUGUGUACUCUCGACUGACACUGGAGGGAGCUUUAAGUGAAGAAGACGACACAUCAUAAUGUGUUGAGUGGUAUGCAAGGUGGACAUAUCAGAACUCGCCGCGAUUGUGUGUGUACCCUUGAGUGACGCUGGAGGGAGCUUGAAGCGAAGAAGACGACGAGGCCUGACGAGCAAUGGUUGUUUUCGGUACUCGAGUGCGGCAUAUGCGGAGUGUAGACGUUGAGGGGCCUUAACAGGGGGUCUUAUGAGCGAAGGGUGUGAUCCUGAUGCAGGACGCUGAUCGAUUCAUGGAUCUGUCGAAUCUGACCAUGCAGCGGUAUUUGGGAAAGGAUGAAGACUCUGCUGCUGCUGAUGCUGAUGCUGAGAUUGGCUGCCCCAGGUUGUGGUGGGUAACACAAGAUGAGAAAGGAAUGGGGGAGUGAGUGACCGCCCUCUUGUCUCGGAGGGAGGGUGGGAUCAUAAGAAGAUCGAAUGUGGUGGAGAGUUUUCGUUGUGAGAGGCGGUCGUUACUUGCGGUCGAAUGGAACCCCUCUGCUACACAAGUUGAAUCCACUUGUUAGGAAAUGCUGUCAGUGGCAGAGCAGCACAUGGCAGUGGAAGUCGUUCUUCGUUACGGACGUGUGGACUAUAGCUGGACAAAAGCCAGGCACUGCGUAAUCGGUGGAGGUCAUGAACGGGCUUUUCUACUACCGUGUCUUCACCCGCCGGACUUGUCUACUACCAUCUUCAACCGAAUAGAACGCCCUGUCAUUGUCGCUGUAUGUAGACGGAAAGUUGCAACAAAUACGGCUAUAUUGACCGGGAGUUGUAUUCGUGUGAAGACGGCUUGAGGAGAAGUAGUUGAACACUCUCUCGUCUCGGUCGGUCAUGCGCUAGACCGCCUCCGGCGAAGAGGGUGGUGGCCCGCUCGCGGUAGAGUCGUCGCGGCAUCUGUCUAUGCAAAUGUCAACAGGACUGCAUCUGUCGUCUUAACAUGCUGGAGGACAUGAGAUUCCUCUAGUGAUGUCGAGGUGGUGGAUGAAGCGCAGGACAGGAGGCACUUGGGAAGACCUCAGGCAAUGCAACGAUGUGACAGAUGACUAUUUUCGAGAGAAGCUACGGACCAACCAUCGUCUGCUCCCCGCAAUCCCCAUGUGGGUGGGGAUUGAUGAUGUGAGUAUGUGUCGCCGCUGCUCUGCUGCUGCUCGACAACUGGAAGCUCAGAUCGACCGCUGCAUUGCCAUCGUCGUCGCACAGCCCCUCGUUCAGCAGUCGCAAAUCGUGCAGCAAGCUGCGGCAGUUCCAAUCCCGUCUGCGCGCCGGUUGAUCGUCUUUGCGCGAGAGGUUCGGUUAUUUCCGGCACUGGGGUUAUAUCAGGAGCAGACACGUCAUGAAGUGAUUGCGUGCGGCCGGUCACGUGGCGCCACCCUUGCGUCAGAGCACUCGUCGCUUUCCCACGUCCUUACCAUAGGUGAGCUCUCAGCUCUUCUGGCAGCUCCUCUACAGGCUCUACCUCCUUGCGACUCUGUAAGCAUCUCCGACUUUCGUCGUUGAGCAAUUGCGUGUGACCGGCCAGGUGGCAAGAGCCUCGUCGUCUUUCUGACGCCACGUCCUCAAGGGCUCGUCGGUCAGCUUCUCAGCGAUCGGUUUCUUCAACGCUGUCUCGUCUAACUUGGGAUUCUGAGUGCGCGUGAGAGGGCCUCUUGGAGGUGAAGAUGACACGCGGCAACCAGCGAGAGGUCGAUAGGAAGCGAGCCGAGUCUCGCAAACCGAACAAGGGGAAGAAGGACGAUGGCCUCACUCCAGCGCAGCGAAAAGAGAGAGAUGCUAAGGCUCUACAGGAGAAGCUUGCAAAGAAAUCGGGGCCUACAGAGGGCAAUUCUGCAACGAAAUAACCCCAGUUUUGUUCUUGUGCAACAAUGCGGGGAAGAAAAACGGAUCUCGAUGGUCAACUGCGGUGUCUACGGUGGUAGCCGCUUGCGUCUUCUUCCAAGAGCGAGGGAGUCGUCUUGGUCAUGGAGGAGGAGAAAAAAAAAUUUCACUUAUUUGAUGGCGGGGCGUUCUUAACGGCAAGAGAGGAGUGAUUCCUGGAAAAAGAGUAAAGGGGAUCAUCAUGAUGUAUAGUUGCCCGACCUUUGACCGGCGGCGAUCUUUGCAUAUGUUUUGUGUGUUCCAGAUGAGAUUUCAAGGAGUUUGUGAAAUUUAAGUAGCGCGGGCGGCUUUUGGUGGAGUUAGUGGGGAUGUGUUGAUUGAGUGAUUAGAUGUCAAGCCAAACGAUUUUUUCGAGAGAGAACGACCAUCGAAAGCUCCGUACAAGAAAGUCACAAUGCAUUUAUAGUAGUCGGAUAAAUUUUGCGGAAGUUG